AUGGCAUCAAAAAAUUCGAGGAAUAGUACUUUUCAUGCAAGUUUUCUUGAUGGUUUAAGAGGUUUAGCUGCACUUUCAGUAGUUUAUUCACAUUCACAAAAUCUAUUCAAACAAAAACUUCCUUAUAAUACAUAUAAUAUGAUUGGUUUUGAUGGCGUUCGAUGUUUUUUUGUACUGUCAGCUUUUUUAUUAACAUUUCGUGUAAUGUUAGAAUGGGAAGCAUACCUUGAAAAAAGAAAUAUUUCAAAGGAGAAAAAAGAUGUGGAAGAGAUGGCGAAUAUUAGCGGUAAUGAUAACGAAGAGAGUACUGGAUCAAAUACAUCAAAUACAUCAUUAAAUGAUGAUGACAAGAAUAAUUAUAAUGAGCAAUACCAUGAAACAACUAUAGAACUAGGCACUAAAGCAACAAAAAGUUUAUCAACAAGGGAAAGAAUGUUCUCGAAAUUAUGCGAAGAUAAUAAUUUGAUACCAAUUAAAAUAUGGGCCAAAUUUUUCUUACGCAGGUUUAUGAGAGUAUAUCCACCUUAUGCCAUUCUUUUGAUUUUAGUUACAUAUAAUCAACUUAUUGGCGAAUCAUAUUUUCAAGCUAUAACUCCUGAUAACCUUGUUCCUCAUCUUACCUUAAGUAAAGGCGAAUUCAUUUUUUGGUCAAUACCACCUGAAAUGAUGUUUUACUGUGUUAUUCCAAUAAUUGUAAUAGGAUAUGUAGGACUUGGUGAUAUAGGGAAGAAACUUAUGAAAACCACUAGCUAUAAUGAAAAAAAAGGAGAAUUUAUUGGCCGGUUUAUUGCUUUUUCUAUAAUAGUACUUGCACGUACAAUCAUUGCAUUCAAUCUUUAUGGUAAAAAUCCUUUACUGUUAGAGGGCACAGCUCAUUAUUUUUUAGCUGGAUCAUUAGGAGCUAUAUUAUAUAGAGAAGCUAUUAGAUUAAAUUUAUUACCAAAAACGUCAUUAGUAUAUAAUUAUUUUUACAAAAAGUUACCUACAUUUCACACAAUACUUCGUAAAGUAUUUGAUUUAUCUUGUUAUGUAAUGUUUAUAAUAAUUUUAUGCACAAUGCCAAGAUUAUCAUCAAAAGUAUUGGGCUAUUUAUAUGAUCUUCAUUUGGAAUUGAACGCAGGAGGACUACUUUAUUCAACCUUAAUUCUACUUGGAUUAUUAUCGCGUAAUGAAUCAUUUGUGAAUUUAUUGUCAUUGAACUAUUUUCGCUUUUGUGGUAAAGUUUCAUUUAGUAUCUAUCUUUUGCAUCCAAUAGCUUUCAAUCUGGUAAAUAAUUAUAUUAGUAAUUAUCUUACAUUUAUUGGUAAUGUUGAAACACUCAAGGAUGCAGAUCAAUCAGAUGAAUUUGAAAAAAAUAAUGAUAUUUUUGAUUCGGUGAUGUUAAGUUUUUUGGUUACAAUAGUUUUAUCAUGGUUUUAUUACCACUUGGUUGAAUUACAGUCAAUGAAUUUGGCAAAUUAUAUUGCAAAAAGAUGGUUAAAAUAUUAG